AUGACCCAUGCAUUGAAUGACAAAGCUCAAGCCCCCCUCAUCGCCGCCUACAGUUCUCCCAAUGAGACCAAACAAUUCGAGCACCUUGUCCCCUCCCCCAAAGUCAGUUCAGACGGAACUCUUGACACAACCACAAAGACACAAUAUCUCGGCCAGCUACGCGCGUCGACUAAGAAACUUCAAGAAGAUAUCAACACAUACCUGACUCAGAAGAUGGAAGAGGACAAAAGAGCCGGGGCGGACACGGUCCAGGGAAAGACAGCAGAUGAAGUCGAGGAAGAAAACUAUGGAGAGGCACCAGCAGGAGAGGAUGACGAUGCAGCGACUUGA